CCAUGAUAUUCGGAACUUUGGUAGAAAAUUCCACUGUGCACAUUAUCCUUCCAGAAAAUACCAGUGUCCUAUACUUUGGAGAGUACUACAAUAUUAUAUAUCUUCACCCAGAGGGAAUACUUGCUUUUGAUUCGAGAGUGAAGUACAAUCCUGACAGAAUGUACAAAGAUCCUCAGAAACCUUGGACAUCAUCUGACGACUACCCCUUCAUUGCUCCAAUUAUGAUUAAAAAGUCACAAAUUGCGUCAAGCAUGUCAUUCAAUAUCCAUCUUAGUUCAAACAAAUCAAGCCAGGAGUUUCUGGAUAACCUUGGUGACGUCAUAUCCGAGUCCUUUGUGGGGAUCCAAUCAGUUUCCUUGAUUUUUGCUGUUUCGGUGACUUGGUAUGAUACAGAAAGAACAUGUAACAGCAGAGAGAUGUGUCAGAUUACGAAUCAUAGUCUCAUCCUCGCCGUGGAUGGUCAGCAAACAUUUGCCGUAAUGGAGUUUAAUGAUACAACACCAUUGCAUAAUGUAACAUUCCAGUCAGGUUUUAAUUUUGGAUAUGGAAGAGGAUGGUUUGACUUCGGAGCAUCAUCAGAGAGUUUGACUGGUCGGAACUUCUAUCUUGUUAAUUCGGAGAGACCUAUUAAAGGGGGAUGUGAUAAAAAUAGAAAUAAAAAGGAAGGGAAAGCGUUUAUCUCACCCAGAGUGUUAGACAUGUUUGGAGGCAAUAUUGUUGAAGUACAAGGACCAUGUUUUUAUGAAAAUGACAUAAUCAAACUUGUAGUGGGUAAUAUUUCUAACCCAUAUGGCACAGGAGAUUGUUACCGUGUGUCCGAGAUUAAGGCGAGAUGUACGAUACCUCCUCUCACUGCAAGGGGGCGUGUAACAGUGGGCAUAUCCCUUAAUGAUAUCUCCACUAUGUACACAACAACAAUCACCGUAGUUCAUCCCACGCUUACAAAACGUUUCGUGAAAUUGGAGGGAUCGGGCUGGGGCGGAACGUCAGCAGGAGAACUUACAGUCCGUUGGAAUGCUACAAAGCUCAGUAUUUAUCCUGACGCACGCGCAGACGUUUUUAUUGUGGGAUACUCUGAAAAGGCAUUCUGGGAUUUUCAUUUGCCCUUGGUCGAUGAUGUUCUUGUAUCAGAAGGAUCAGCUACCUUUAAUUCUGAUGACAUAUCCUGUGGUGUUACAUGCGCUGAAUAUGAGGCUGGAUUCAUUGCAGUUAAAGUCAAAAAUAUUACACAUGCCAACCUCUACAGGACCCUGACAAGCGGUGCUAUGCCAUUUGGUUGGCUAAUGAGAAAACAUCUGAAGAAAGUUCAUGGACCUCAAUGGUUGCAUGAAAAAUGCAUGAACUGGUACAAAAAAGAGGUCAAGGACAUGCAGUGGAUAGAAGCCCUUGACCCGUGUCCUUGUUCGCUCCAACAAGCACUUUUGGACAUGGGACGAUGGCAGACUGACUUGUCUUGUAAUAUGUUCAGCAAAACACCGACCUGUGCUUUUCAUAAGGGUGCUGUACACUGUGUAAGGAGCGUUGGUACCAUAAAAAAGGCGGGAAACCAGUGCUGCUAUGGGGCCGACGGUCUUUUGAGGUAUUCUGAAGAUACCUUUCAAGGGAGCACUCCGGACAGAUAUCAUGACUGGGGAGCGAUUCCAUACGGUACCUCUGGAUCCGUUCCUUCUCUUUCGCAUGGUCUCGCUGAUGUCAUGACAUUCUUUUACUGUUGUAUUUGGGCAAAUUACAAAGACUGUGACUUUUACAUGGAUGUUAGGCCUACGACAGAUUGUAAAACAUAUAAACCUCCACAACAAGCAAUGGUGUUUGGACAGUCCCACAUUAUUACGUUUGAUGGACAAACUGGCUUGGUAUGUGAAGAGGGAGACUACCAUUUAUAUCAAGACUCACAAAUGACGGUCCAUGGUCGAUUCCACGAAAAUUCUCAGUCCCAACCUUCAAUAAAGUCAAAAGUACUCACCUCUGUAGGAGUAAAAGUGAAAAAUGAAACUGUGAUAAUCAAAUUAAAAUCUGGAGGAUUCCGGGAAAGUGUGCAUCUUAAAAAUAACCACCAAUCAGAGCGCAUACUUGACGUCACUGUCAACAAUGAGUACCAGUUUUUUGACAGGGAAGACAAUAAAUGGCAGGAUUUUAACGAGUUGACAGUGGUAAACAAUGACGAGGAUUCGGUACAGUCUAACUUUACCAUUCUUUCCAAACAUGGCGUGGGUGUCCUGGUGUCUGGGUCAACAGGUUUCUUACACGUCACUGUGACAUCACUUCCAGCACUUACAGAGAAAUCGCAAGGAUUGCUGAAAGGUUCGAAAGAUUCAGCUAGAGGGUCUGUCAACGGAAGUGAUGCGAAUUACGAUAUUCAAUUUUCCUGGAUAUUGCAAUGGUAUAUCAACGACACAUUAAAACAAAUAAUACCAUACAGGGUAGAAAAUGAUAAAUCAGAUAUUAAAUGUCCAAAAGUUCUCCGAAAUUUUACAUCCGAAAUCUGUCAUGGGGAUGUGCGAUGCCUGUAUGAUUUGUUUACAACUGAAGAUGACCAAAAAGCACGACGGACAUGGAUGACGGGUCAGAGAUACUCUGCAAGCAUGGCAGCAUUUUCUAAAGUGCAUUCCUGUGGUUUGCUUAGUGUACCUAGAAGUACUAAGUCUAACGUUAACUAUACAUUGGGAAACACGGUCAAGAUCACUGGAUGUAGAGAAGGAACACUGCAUGGACAUACUAAGUACACCUGUACUAAUGCGGGUACCUCUCUAGAAUGGGUACCAAGCGUCACUGCAUCGUGUCAUCAAGAUUCAACAGCGAAGACCUCUGAUCUCGGUACUUCCUCCCUCGCUGGAGUCGUCGCUUCUGUUGUUAUAAUUCUCAUAAUCAUUGUCGUCAUUGCUGUCGUUAUUAUUCAAAGAAGAAAAAGAGAGGAUAGAUAUGCUUUCCAUAGAAAUUAUGAUUCGUCUUUAGCCAAAACAAUUGGCUAAAAAGGGAACUUCAUCAUAUUGAUAGUUACUCACUUUCUUUGCUCAAUUACAUGUAUGUAUGAUACAUAAAUUUUUCCGGUUAUAGGAUACUGGCAUCUGAAACCAUUCUACAAUGGUUCAUGUAGUAUUUUCAUAAUAUCUCUCUUUCUAUAGCAUAUGAUACCUUAACAGAAACAUUUUACAACAAGUUAUCAUCGCAAUAAAUGACAUAGUAAUAGACUUCUAAAUAUUCCAUUCUGAAUGUUCAAAUAUAAAAGAAAUCAAAAUAUAGUUGGGUCACCGUUGGGAGUUUUUUUUUUUUUUAACAAAUCCCACCUUUUUUUUCAGAGGAAAAACUAGUAUACAUACAUGUAUUGAUAUUUAUCUAUUUAAAUAAUAAAAUCCUAAUUGUUUUUAUCUCAUUGCAAAUUUCAUAAACCAAAAUAUUUAUUAGUUUUUAC